GACACAUGACAGUUUUAGCGCCAAUAUUUUAAUGUACCCAAAAUAUAGCAAGAUAAUAAGAAUAACACGCUCUAUGUACCUAUUCGUGUAGGAACGUGUUUAGCUAUUAAAGUGUUUCGCAAUAUUUUAUGUUAACACAAAGGAUUAAGAUUAUACAGAUCUUUUACUAUGCCAACGACUAGGAAGAAAGUUAUCAAAACUGUCUAUAAAGAUGACGAUGAUAGUGAAGAUUUGGGAGGCGAUUUUAGCGAUUCCGGCUCCGAUGCCAAAAUUUCACCAGCUCCUAGUUCUGAUGAGAGUAUUAAUGAGGAAGAAAACUGUCCAUCGUCGGACGAUGAUGUCCACAAAAAGCCACAGAAAGUCUCGAAAACUAAUCGAAAAAAGAAUCCACAAUUUGCCAAAGCUUUUAUCAGUAAAAUAAACAAACAAAUCUGCGCUGAAGACGAUGAACCAUUGCCUGAGUCUACUUUUACAAUUAAAGAUUUAACGGAAGCUGAUAAAUUAUUACCUUCAGUACUUAAUUUAUCAGAGAGUGACAGCAGUGAUGAAGAUGAUCCUAAGCCAAAAAUAAAAAAGAAAUAUCAUACAGAAACAUUAGCAAAUGAAAAUCCAGACAAUGAUGAUAAUAAUGCUGGUAUUGAAUAUAAAGAUGUAUGGUCUGUUAAUGAAAAAGAUGAGAGUGAAGAAAUUGCAAAGAAAACAUUUUUAGAAUUGGAACAGCAUAAAGCUAAAAUUGAAGAAGCCAAAAUGUCAGUUUUAAAGUAUUCAUCACACAAGGAUGAACAGAUAUCAGAUGUUAAAGAUUUACUGGCACUUGGAGAAGAGAUAGAACCAGAAGUAGGGACAAUCAUCAAAAAGAAAAAGAAAGUACAAGAACAAAGUGAUUCAGAGGUAGAAGAUUGGGAAGAAGUAAAUGAGAGCAAACCUAUACCUCAACAAGGAAUACAACUAAUUGUAGAUAUACCAAAUUCAGUAUCAAGAAAAACUAAAAAUAUUGAUAUUGAAAUGAUGAUGAAAAGAAAAAUGAAUAGAGCAAAGAAAGAGUGUCAAGUAUACAUGCACAAAGUUCAUGUGCUAUGUUGGCUCGGUUAUGGAAAUUACAUUAGUACUGUAUUAAAUGACCAGGAAGUUAUGUCUACAGCGUUAUCACUAUUGCAAAAUACAAAAUCCAAGGAAUGUUAUCCCAGUCAGAAGGUUAACAAGAAAAAUGUAGACAAAACACCGACUUUUACUGAAAAUAAUACAAAUUUCUAUCCCGGUCAAAGAGUUGACAUGAAAUAUGUAGAACAAAUAACCUCUUGGUAUCAAAACAAAUUGAUCUUAAGAAAAGAUAAACAUGAAAAUAAGUUUAGACCAAAAGCACCAAAACUAAAGGAAAUACUAAUUCAACAAAUAAAAAAUAGGAUUGUAACAUCAAAAAAAUAUCUUGUUUAUGUAUUUGUUGCUAUGUUGAGAUCACUUGGUCUUCACUGCAGGGUGAUGUUAAAUUUUGUAACAGUACCUUUAAAGCCUUCUGUUUAUGACCUUCAAUCAACAUCAAAAAAGAGUACAGAUAAAAAUAAUAGUGGUAAAGAUGCAAGUAAAGAUAAAAAUACGACAGCAUCGUGUCCCGCAAAGACAUACACUAAAAAGAAAAUUCCACAAUUAGAUGGAAACUAUGAUUGCAGUACUGAUAGUGAUAGUGAUAUUAGUAAUAUUAUGCAAGUAGAUGGCAAUGAUGAUAAAUUGCCACGUAUCACAAGGUCAACAAGAAGAAAUACAGCAGAAGUAAACCUAAAUAAACAAGUGGUAAACACUGAAACUACUUCCAAAAUAAUGCAGGUAGAUGGCAACAAUGAUGAAAUAACUCCUAAAACGAGAUCGUCAAGAAAGGCUAUGUCAAAAGAAAAUGAAAAGAUUGCAAAAGAAACGGAAGGUGCAUCGCCACCAAAGAAAGCUAAACAAAGCGGAGAUAAUAUUUCAGAACAAGUUACCACUAAGAGUAAAUUAUCGCUUAAUUUGGAUCGUAAACGGAAAGGCAAGAAUAUCAAGUCUGGUAGCAAUUUAGAGGUGCCAGAGAUUAAAGAAACUAGUGGAGGAAAUAAAGAAGUAACAGCAAGUACGUUUUUUGUUGGAGAUGAAAAGCCUAAAACACGAUCAACUAGAAAAAGAUCAGCAACAACGAAUUCACGCACAUCUAACGAUACAGUACAGGAAGUACCUAAGAAAACAACACAAGCGAAAGCGAGAGCAAAGAGUACACCUGUAAGAAAUGUCGAUUCAAGUAAAUCAAAUGAAAAUUUAUCAGUGUCUGCAAGCAAAAAACCCAGGAGUUCCUCUACUAUAGAAGAGAAAAAUAUGAAACUCUUGAAACCAAAAGAUGUUACUGAUAAUAAAGAUUAUUUGAUAGAAGAAGAUAAAAAACCCCAACAAUCGGAUAGCGAUGAUGACUUCAAAGUUGUAAAAUUGAGCACGACGUAUGCAAGAAGUCCUAAGAAAACCAAUAACGCAAAACAGAAAGAGAAACUUCCCACACAAGAUAUUAAAAAUGAUCAAAAUAAAUACAACAAAAAAGCAGAAACAAAUAGUGCCGUUAUAGCAGUUAAAACCAGAUCGACUAGGACUAGUAGGAAUACUAAAACUGUACCAAAAAUAGAAGUUUCCACUGAAAAUAAAGAAAUAACAGCAAGUGAGUUUUUUACUGGUGAAAACGCAGCCACAAAUGUUAAUAAAACAAAAUUAUCAAGAAAAAGAACAACAACCUCUAAUUCAACAACAAAUGAGACAGUAAAGACAGAAUUAACCGAAAAAAGAUCAAAACCAAGGGCUAAAAGUAGCCCAUCUAGAAGUGCUAAUACAAGUAAAUAUUUCAAAGAUGACACAUCUUCGGGAAAAGUUAAAAAUGUCAAAGAUGAAAAUGAUUUAGAAGAUGGACAAAGAGUAAGUCACAAAGAUCUAUUAAAACAAAAAACUAAAGCUAAAAACGAUGUAACUUCAGACUUAGUGGACAUUAUUAAAAAUAGAGUGAAAGAAGCAAAAGCUGAGUCAAAGAAAAAUAAAGUGAAAGGAACUACUAAAGAUUCGGACGAAGAUAGUGAUCAUUUACCCGAAGUUAUCAAACCUCGUGAGACCAUCGAUGAUGACUUUAAAGCUGUCAAGAUAAGUCCCAAGCCGGGUCCAUCCCGCAGGAUAGACCGCAGAGUGCUGUCUGGAGAUGAUGAAGUUCUUCCCGACAGGAUUGAUGUGUGGUGUGAAGUAUUUGUUGAGGAACUUGAAGAAUGGGUGGCUGUCGAUGUUACUCGAAAUAAAGUACAUUGUACCAACGAGAUUUAUUCGAAGGCUACCCAUCCAGUAGCUUAUGUUGUUGGCUGGGACAACAAUAAUUAUUUGAAGGAUCUAACAAGAAGAUAUGUUCCACAUUGGAACACAAUCACCCGUAAGCAAAGGGCAGAGUUGUCCUGGUGGAACACAGCGGUAGCUCCGUGGUUGGGACCUAAAAAUGCUCGAGAUAAGGAAGAAGAUGAGCGUCUUGAUAGACUACAGCUAGAGGCACCACUACCAACGAAAAUUACUGAGUACAAAAAUCAUCCUCUGUACGCUCUGAAGCGGCACCUUUUAAAGUUCGAGGCGCUGUACCCCGCGGACGCGGCGACGCUGGGCUUCGUGCGCGGCGAGGCGGUGUACGCGCGCGAGUGCGUGCACGUUUGCAAGUCGCGCGAUAUCUGGCUCAAGGAUGCUAAAGUUGUUAAACUCGGCGAAAAACCAUACAAAAUAGUUAAAGGCAGACCUAAGUGGGAUAAAUUAUCUAACCAGUUAAUCAAAGACAAGCCUCUUGAAAUAUUUGGUCCGUGGCAGGUAAUUGAUUAUGAACCACCGGUAGCCGAAAAUGGUAUCGUACCUAGGAAUGCAUAUGGAAAUGUCGAACUGUUCAAAGAAUGUAUGCUUCCUAAAGGAACUGUACACAUUAAAUUGCCCGGAUUGAAUAGAGUUGCCAAGAAACUGAACAUAGACUGUGCCCCUGCAUUAACUGGUUUUGACUUCAAUAGCGGAGGCUCUCAUCCAGUCUAUGACGGAUUUGUGAUUUGUAAGGAAUUUGAAGAGGUUAUAACUGAAGCAUGGGUCAAGAAUCAAGAAGAACUAGAACAGAAGGAACGAGAGAAAAUAGAUGCCAGAGUUUACGGUAACUGGAAAAGGCUUAUAAAAGGGUUAUUCAUACGAGAAAGGCUUAAGGCCAGAUAUGGUUUUAAUGGCCCCACGCCUGGGACCUCACAGGCCAAGAAAAAACAAAAAGGACCACGCCUGGUUGUAAAAAAGACAAAAUAAUUAAAGAAAGCUUUUGAGUAAGGUACAACUUUUUACACUUAUACUUAGAAUAAAUUAAAAUAAGUGAAACUUUUAGGAUUACAUUUUUUCAAAUUGUCAUUAUUUGGACAACUAUUGGGUAAUUUUUAAAAGCUAAUUCUGAUUAUUGUAAAAGUUUAUAAAAAUUACAUCCUACCUCAGUUUUCUUAUUAUAGUUCAAGCGUUCGUCCAAUAUUUAAUAAUUAUCAUAUGAAUCAAGCAAUAUUUGUAAGUCAUUUGAAUAUUUACUGGUUGUAUUUUGUACUGAUUUGCAUAUAUUUUUCCAACUAUAGUAUCAUUAUACAGGCUGUACCAAAAUGUUACUUGACCUCAAACUCCAUCAUCAUAAUCAUAAUAAUAUCGUCAUAAUAAUAAAAUUGUGAAAAAUGUUGCAGACAUUUGUAUAUCUCCUUAUUACGAUUGUCUAUUUUUCUUAAACUAAGUAUAAUUUUUUAAAUAAGAUUUUUUGUUUUCCUCAAAUUCUAGGUUUUAAAUACUUUACUUUGUUUCUGAUUAUCUAAAUACCCUGGUGGUUGUAAUUUCAAUUUGGAUUACUGUAUAUAUUAUCCAGUGUGUGUCUUGAAAUAGAUUCCAUAUGUCUAUAGGUUGAAGUAGACAAUGGAUCUAAGCUCUGCUGAUGACUUUGCUAAUUUGUUCAAUUCCGCUUGACAUUUGUCACCUUAUCUUAUAAAUUGUUUUAUGUUGUCCUAAUAGGUGUAAAAUGAAUUAUUAGGAUAAGGCUUUUGUUUUGCAAUAGUGAUUAAAUCACAUAUUUUUUUAUAUUCUAGCCUGCUUUGCUUUUAGUGUAGUAUCUGGAUAUAAGAAAUUCGUAUUAUGUUGGUUUUAAACUUUAAGAGAUUUCAAAUCUUUCUCGAUGUUUGUGUACAUAUUUACAAUAUUUGUUUGACAAAAAAAACGAUUCAUUCCGCCUCUAUAACUAUUUUUUGUAUCUUAAUUACUUUUAUUCAAACUGAGAUACAAUUAUUGAUGUUUCUUUUCGGGAUCAACAGAAUUCAGCUCUGAGUGUUUUAUCACUAAAAUAGAAAACCCUGAAUAGGAAGUCGCCAAACUACAAGUUAAAUUAAGAUUGUUGUAAUUUAUUCAUUUAAAUUUUUGCAAUAAUUGUUAACUAUUUUUUUUGUCUCGAUAAUAACUACGGGUAUGUAUUUAUAUAAUUGAGAAUCAGUAGUGUAUCUCAGCUGUGUUAUUAUUUCUAUGAUUUUCUAUUGUGUUGCCAUGUUAUUUUUAAUUUGCCUUAAUUUUUUAUUUAAGUGUUAUGAUUGGAAUUAAAUUAGAUUGAAUCUUAA